AAGGUACUAUAGCCGAUAGGAAAAUAGUUUCUAACAUUAUUAAGGCGGUUGAAGAAAAUAUCAAAGGCUCCAAUGUAGAAUUAAUAGUCAACGCACCUGAUAUCACUCCAGAUGAUGCUGAAGUUCUUAAACAAUUUCCUACCCGCUCAUUUACUGAUAAUAUGAUAUUACAAUGA